ACAAAUGUGAGAGCUUCUCUUUGGUGAGAGGAACGGAAGAGUAGCGAAAAGAAUCCUCUUUCCUCAGUUUAAAGAAAAACUUGACUACCCUGAAAUAAAAAAAAAAUUUAGAAUAUAGAUUUUUAGAAUAAAAGAAAUUGCACGCGAAUGUAAUGUAUGUGAAAAGCAAGCUUACGAGCAUUUUGAAGUGGAGAAUAAAAGAACAAACCUGUACCGUAUAUAGUAUGUACAUCUCCCUUAAAAAAAAAAAUAAAUAAAUAAAUAAAAGGAAGGUUGUGUGUAUGUGAAUUUUUCAUUAUAUAUAUACAAUAUUCCGAAUUGACACGUGCGUAAUAUCACCGUGUAGUGUCUAAUAGUUACUAUAAUUUGACACUUUACUUUUUAUGUAUUACACUGAGCUUUUAAUGACUUGUAAGGUUUGAUAAAGUAGUGAUCAUUCAUACAUGAUUAUUGAAUACAUAAACUAAUAAUAAAUAAAAAUAUUCAUUCUUGCCAAAAUGUGGGCGGACACUAUUCUAAUUGUAUUUAUCAGCAUAUGUACGGCGUUAUUAGGCGAAGGGUUGACAUGGUUAAUGGUAUAUAGAACUGAAAAGUAUCAAAAAUUGAAGGCUGAAGUUGAAAAGCAAAGCAAAAAGCUGGAAAAAAGAAAAGAAGCGCAUGGCGAUUCUUUAGACAAACAGCAGAAAAAGAAGAUUGAACGAGAAGAGGAGAGACUAAAGAAUAACAAUCGUGAUCUGUCUCUUGUGAAGAUGAAAUCUAUGUUUGCAAUUGGAUUUGCAUUUACAGCGCUUUUAAGUAUGUUCAAUAAUAUAUUCGAUGGACGAAUUGUUGCCAGAUUACCAUUUGUUCCAAUCAGCUGGAUACAGGGUUUGUCGCACAGAAAUCUUCCGGGUGAUGAUUAUACAGAAUGCUCUUUUAUAUUUUUGUACAUAUUAUGUACCAUGAGUAUCAGACAGAACAUCCAGAAGAUACUUGGCUUUGCGCCAUCCAGAACUGCAAGUAAGCAGAGUGGCAGUAUCUUUGGACCACCACCUCAACAAUUUAAAUGAAUCAUAUUUGAGUAUUCAUAUUUAAGAAGGAAUAAUUAUUGAUGUUUAUAGAGAUUUUUUGUACAUCUUAUUGCUCAAUUUUAGACAUUUACUCUUAUGUCCAAUUAAUCUUUAUAACAUCAAUUUUUUGUUUUGUAUAUUCCACAUUAUGAAUUAUAUUUAAAUAAUGUCUUCAAAUUCUUUUUUUCUUUUCUGAAGACCUAAAUAUAUAUAUAAAUAAAAUGAAAAUAUAAAUAUAUAAUAAUUAUUGUAUUACCUAGAAACACGCAUUACAUACAGAAUGUUCAUAAUUUGUUAAAAAUAUAUUUAAUUUUACUGUUAAAUUUAAUUACAUUUAAAUUUAAUAAUUUAGCAGAGAUAAGAGGGUAAAUUAAAGAUGGAAUAUGAACUUCAGUUUAAUACUUAAUAUAAGAUAUCGAGAGAGAUACAUAUGAUAUAUGAGAAGUUACACGAUUAAGGAUAUUUUGUAGUGCCUUCAUGAAAUUAUUGGGCCAUUUGAAAAAAUAAUUGUGAUGGGUAUAUUUUCAUUAAGCGACGCUUUUAUACAACACGUUAUAUACAAACAUAACAAUCAAUCAUAUACAAAAAGAUAUAAUCAAUAUUAUCUUACAUAGUAAAAAACUUGCAAUAUAAUAUUACAAUGACGGGUUGAAUUAUAAAGAAUCGUAUUAUUCGAUUUUAUACAUCUCUUGGAAAAAUUGGUUCGAAUAAUAUCAGAUUGAUUAUAUAUAGAACUUCUUUCCUAUUUUUAAAGGACAUGUAUACGGCUCCUAUUAAAUACUACCGUUCUUGUCUCUAUUAUUGUGUACCAACUAAGUCUAACAGUCUGUCAUUAUUAGAAUUAUUGUAUUUUAUACAUAUUAUGCAAACAUAUUUACAAGUAUAACCCACACAUGGAAAUUAUUAUGAUAAAAAGUAGUUUAUCCUAUUGAAACUUUUGGUGUUUCAUUAUGCAACGUUAUAUCGAAUAUUAUUUAUUAUCAAUACCCUUUCUAUAUUUCAAAAUUCUAUUGUUUGAAGCACAAAACAAUGAUGAUACCAGACAAUUCAAUUU